ACCCAUACGCAGAGAUAAGAUCAAAUUGUGAGGCUGAGCAAGAAAAUCUUCUACUUUCCCCAGAAAAUUAGUGAUCAGAAAUUUUUUUUGGUUCUUGAUUCUUUGAUCUUCUUUUUCUUUCCCCCCCCUUCUGUAACAUCCCCGCUUCUCUGUAUCCCUUUCUGUAAAUCAUCUGUCUUUCAAGUUCUCUGUAUUUUUGGGUUUGUUUUUCCAAAACAGUGCACAAAAAGCAAACUUAGAGAAGGAUUUCAAGGAAGCCAGGUGUUUUCAGAACAGAGAUCCAGUGUUUUUCAUUCACUGAUUUCUAUUUUUUAAAGCUUUUUUUAAUUUUCUUUUUUUUAUAUAUAUAUAUUUUUAAUUUUAUCAAAUCACCUAGGAGGGUAAUUUUUGUAUCCCUCAAGGUUGGUUUUCUGAGAUCUGGGCUAAAGAGGCCGAUUUAUUUACGAUCCUCUUUUGAUCCUCUUUUUAUCAGAAGAAUUUUAUUGUACUUAAUCUUUCUGUGUUUGUCUUGUUUUCUUUAUAAUCUUGAUCUGUUCUUUUGGUUUUGGUUCUUUGUAAAUUUUGGUGUUAAGAAAUGGCAGUUACAAUGGAUUCAUGGAGUAGUAGCUCACUGUUUCAGUCAGAUUCAGACCCAUUUAGGGGUGGUGACCUCAUGGAAGCACUUGAGCCUUUUAUAAAAAGUGCUUCCCCAACCUCCUCUUCUUCAAAUUCUCUCUCCCCUCCUCCUACCUCUUCCUCCUUUUCUUCUUCCUACAAUUCUUGCUAUUUGUCUCCCCCUUUCUCCUCCCAGUCCAUUUCUUCAUACCCAGAUAGUUGCUCCACCUCGACAACCCAACUCUUUUCUCAAGGGUUCUCGACCCAUGACCCGUUGGGUCUGGAGCAACCGGGUUCAAUUGGGCUCAACCACCUAACCCCAUCUCAGAUCCAACAGAUCCAAGCCCAGAUUUACUUCCAACAGCAGCAGAUGAACAAUCAAUGGCCUCAGCAACAGCCGACCCUGAGUUUCCUCAGCCCAAAGCCCAUCCCCAUGAAGCUAGUGGGCUCUCCCCCAAAGCCCAACAAGCUCUACAGAGGAGUGAGACAGAGGCACUGGGGAAAGUGGGUCGCUGAGAUCCGUUUACCCAAGAACCGGACCCGACUCUGGCUAGGCACCUACGACACAGCCGAGGAAGCCGCGCUGGCCUACGACAAGGCGGCUUACAAGCUUCGAGGCGAUUUCGCAAGGCUCAACUUCCCCAACCUCCGUCACAGUGGGUCCCACAUCGGCGAGUACAAGCCGCUCCACUCAGCCGUCGACGCCAAGCUACAGGCGAUCUGCCAGACCUUGGCUGAGGGAAAGCCAAUCGAUGCCAAGAAGUCGAAGCCGAGGUCGUCGAAGGUGGCAGCCGCAGCAGCAGCAGCAGCAGCAGCAGCCGCGGCUCGGGCUGUGGAGGUCGAGGAGGAGGGUUGUAAGGUGGAAGCCGAGUCGAACUCGCCGUCGUCGGAGAGUGAGGGGUCAGCCGGGUCGUCGCCGUUGUCGGAUCUCGGGUUUCCGGACUUCACGGAGGAGGAACCAGCAUGGGAUGGGUCAUUGAUGUUGGAGAAGUAUCCAUCUUAUGAGAUUGAUUGGGCUUCUUUGUAAAAAGCAUUAUCUAUCUUGUCGUGGUCGCUGUAAUUAAAUUUUUGGCAAUUGCAGGGCUUAUUAUUAUUAUUAUUAUUAAGUUUUGAGUCUUUUGUGUUUUGUAUUUGUUUUUUUGGUUAAUUAGUAGUUGGGUUAUCAUGUAAUAUUGGGUUUUAGGUGUUGAUGUGUAGGGAUUAAUGGGUAAAGUUGUGAUUAUUAAUGUUGACAGUGUAUGUAAUAUAUGUUCUUCCAUGGUCAGCUUGGUUUUUGUGUUGGCUAGACCAUGGGGAAGCCCUGUGUAGUAGGUUCGUUCAUUCACUCCGUAUUGGUGUGUAAUUCAUUUCUAUUCAGCAGAGCUUGUUUGGUGAUUUAAUA